UCCUUGGCUAUUGCAAUUUAUUUUCUUCCCCUUUUUUUGGCCUUUUCUUACGAGGAGGUGCUGGACGGGUUAAACCGAUAGAGGGCUGAGCGUCCCAGAGAGGACGAGAAACUUGAGCUUAGAAGAGCCCCUUAAUACCCGAGGCCCUUUUCUGAUGGGAGGAGAGAAAGGCGCCCACAUACAGAAAGAGAGGCUGGAUUUAUUAUUAUUUUUUUAAUUUAAAGAAGAGUUUGCAUGAAAAAUAACAAUAAUAAUUGUUCCGUUGCAAUAGAAAACCGCAGAUCCUCCGGGAAAGAAAUGCAUUCGGGAACAUGCACGGAGAUCCCAGGCAACUGUGCCUAAAAUGAAAGAGAAAUUCCUCCUGCCCCGACUGCCAUUUUAGCAGACAUCCGUCCAGCCUCUGCUUAAAUACAUCGUCCAUUCCACGCAGUCCUUUUCUUCUAGAAAAGUAGAAGGCCCUGCCAUCAGACAUUGAUCUCCGUUUGCUUCUGAGGCAAAGACGACCCUAUCGCAGCAGCCAGUUUUUCCACAGGUGUAAGUCAGAAGGCGGAGGCCGGACGCAUUCCUCUCCCAGAGAAACCCUUCGCGUUUUCAGAGAAGGCCGGCGGUUAGGCUGUCUCAAAAUGGCAGCCAAGCGGGGCGCGACUUCGAGCCUCCAUUUGCAGGGCGAGCUGGAGCAGGUGGCCCGGCGGCGGAAGAAGAUGGAGGUUGAGGAGGAUGAACACGAGAACCCCGAGCCAGAGGAAGGCUGGCGGGGGAAAGGAGAGGCCUCCCGCGGCCCCCGAGACAAAGAGGAGAGGCUGCCCAGGGGCCGGACGGCUCAUCAGAAAGCCCUCCUCAAUGCCACUCGCUCCCCUCGCUCGGGGUGGAGAAACCCGCCAGCGUCCCGGCCAGCAGAGUGGGAAGACAGGCGAGCCUUUCCAUCCUCCCUCGAGGGGCCGGCAGCGGCCCGCCCGUGGCCCAGGAGCGGACGGGCGUCCCGCCACCAGCAGGGCCUGGCCGGGGAAGGCCCCGAGGCCCACAACAGCCUGGACUCCGGGGAGAUUGGCGAGUCCGGGGUGGUGAAAGUGAAGGAGGAGGUGUUGGGCGACGACUCGGCCAGCAUGGAGAUGAAGCGCCAGCGCUUCCGCCAGUUCCGCUACCAGGAGGCCGAGGGCCCCCGCGAGGUGUGCAGCCAGCUCUGGUACCUGUGCCACCGGUGGCUGAAGCCGGAGAGGCACACCAAGGAGCAGAUCCUGGAGCUGCUGAUCCUGGAGCAGUUCCUGGCCAUCCUGCCGCCAGACCUCCAGAGCUGGGUGAGGGAACACGAACCGGAGACGUGCUCCCAGGCGGCCGCUUUGGCCGAGGAUUUCCUACAGAUGCAGAGGGAGGCGGAGAGGCGGGAGCAGCAGGUGCUGGGUCUCUUCGAAAUGGACAACGCAGAUUCUCCAGAGCCGGAACCAGAGCAAACCUCCUCCGACUCUGCGCCCAAGCCUCUGUUCAGGGAAGCAAAGCAAGAGGCCGAUGAGGAAGAGGGCAGCAAUUUGGGCAACCUUGGGCCAGUGGCGCCCCGGGCAGGCGGCCCCCUCCCCCUGUACCCAGAGGAGGGCAGCUCCGACGACGAGGGCCUAUUGGACCUUGUCUAUGCCGCCAACCUUGAGAUCCACAGCCGGCGGCCACCCCGGAGAACCCGCCUCAUCCGGAUGCGCACCCACGAGCUGCAGGUGUCCGACGAGGAGUGCUUGACCCGCUUCCGCCUGGACCGCCAGGCCAUCCAGGACCUCUGCACCCUCCUGGCCCCUUACCUGGACGGCGCCUCGGCCAGCCGCAGGCACAUCCCCACCUUGCAGAAGGUCCUGAUCGCGCUGCAGGUGCUGGGCACCGGGUCCUUCCAGCGGAUGACGGGCGACAACCUGCGCGUGUCGCAGUCGUCGGUCAGCCGCUGCCUCGACGCCUUCCUGGAGGCCAUGCUCCGCCACGUCCACGAGCACAUCACCUUCCCCACCACCGACUCGGAACUGCGCCGCACGCGGGAAGCUUUCUUCGACAUCGCCGGCUUCCCCAACGUCAUCGGGAUCGUGGACUGCACCCACGUCCCCAUCAUCGCGCCGGCCGACAUGCCGGCGCUCUACCGCAACUGCCACAACUUCCACAGCCUCAAUGUGCAGGCCACCUGCGACGCCUCGGGGUGUUUCACCCACGUGCUGGCAAAGUUCCCCGGCAGCGUCCACGACGCUCGGAUAUUCCAGCUCUCCCAGCUGCAGAGACUCCUGGAGUCGUGGCCCGAAGGGAAGGGUUGGCUCUUGGGCGACAGCGGCUACCCCUUGCGCCCUUUCCUCAUGACGCCGCACCCCGACGACGGCCCGGAGCCCGUGGCGCGCUACAACGCCACGCACGAGACGACGCGGAUGGUGGUGGAGCAGGCCUUUGGGCAGCUCAAGAUGCGCUUCCGCUGCCUCCACUCCACUGGCGGGCGGCUAAUGCUUCGCCCAGAGAAGGUGGCCAAGGUGUUUGUGGUGUGCGCCAUGCUGCACAACAUGGCCCUCCGGCGCCAGUUGCCCAUUAUCAAUGGCGGACAAGGGGUGGACACCGAGGUCCCCGUGCCUCCCUACCUGGAAACCGACAGCCUGGUGGAGCAAGACCCCCGCGGGGUGGAUGUCCGGGAGCAGAUCAUUAGCACUUAUUUCUCACAAUAAAUUUCGACUUUCGGUAGACGGCUCGCGGCUGGUUGCGUGUCCUUCGGGGUGUGGAAGAGGAAGGGCAGUCUUAGGUCGUCGUAAGCACUCCUCUCUCCCAUACUUAGAUUCCCAGGGCUGUUGCAUCCCACCCAACGACCAAAAACACCAAGAGUUUCCUUAGGGGGUGAUCAAGGGCCUCACACUGUGUGGUUUAAUCUCUCAGUGCACGAUUAAACUGUGAAACUCCUUGCCACUGGAGGCAGUGAUGGCCACGAAUUCGGAUGGCUUUCAAAGAGGAUUAGGCAAAUUUGUGGAGGAGGAGAGGGCUCUCGAUGGCUACUAGCCAGGUUGGCUACCUCCACAGCUAAAUGCUUCUGAAUGCCAGUUCUUGGAAGGCUCAGAUGGGGACAGUUCGUUUGGGCUUGGGUCCUGUUUUUGGGCUUCCCGCAGGCAUCUGGUCAGCCGCUGUGAGGACAGGAUGCUGGACUCGACGGCCCUUCCGUUCUCUGUGUCCCUUGCGUAUAAAACGGGAGUAGAGAUUGACUUCUGAACUUGUAAUGUAAGCUGCUGCAACAUCCCUGGUAAGCAGCCCUUGUUUAUUGAAGUAAGGGGUAAAGCAAACUUGAUCUCCCCUUAUGAGGUGGAAAUUUCCCCUUUACCUUUUCUGCAGAUCAACUUCCCCACGUAUAAAAACAAGUUCAAGCCCCAUCAGUGUGGUAAAAGACCCAAAAGACUUCUCAUUUCAACUUGGCCUACUCUGCUGCCACUGCCCACCAGUCUUAAUUGCUGGAAAGGAAGCCAGAAUGAGUUUAGCAGGGAGGCGGAUGGGCUUCUUCAAACUACAGCAGGCGUGGGGAACCUUUUGGUUCCUGCUGAACUACAACUCCCAUGAGCCCCAUCAAGCAUUGCCAGUGGGUAUGGCUGAUGGGAGUCGGAGUCCAGCAGCAUCUGGAGGACCAGCGGUUCCUCACAUAUGACCUACAGUUACUGCAGAGCUUUGCAUUUCAUCAAAUUUGGCACAAGAUAACUAUGAUAUCUACGAUGCUUCCAAGCACUUGGGGUCUAACAGUGAGAAGAGACAGCGUGGUGUAGCGGUUGGAGUGUCGGACUAGGAACCGGGAGACCUGGGUUCAAAUCCCUACCCAGCCACAAAGCUCAAGGGGUGACCUUGGGCCAGUCACUUCCUCUUAGCCUAACCUACCUCACAGGGUUGUUGUGGGGAGUAAAAUAACAAGGGGAGAACCAUGUGUGUCACCUUGAGCUCCUUGGAGGAAAAUGUUGGACUCAAAUGCAAUAAAGAAAUAAUAAAGAUCCGCAAUCCCACCGUG